AAUACCCAUGGUAUCACCAUGGCAACCAGUCUGGGUCCCGUGGCGCGCCGGAAGAGAGAAAAGGCCUCGCAGCCGGACGGCGGCUCUUCCUCGUUAUCCGCCGACCAGCAGAAGUCCAGAGUGUGGAGUUAUUACACCCGGCUGGGGGGCACCUGCGUGGAGUGCAACGUCUGCCGGAAGCAGCUCUCCCUCCAUAACAACACCAGCGGCAUGAGGGAGCACCUGGAGCGGUGGCACGGCACCCACGGCACCCACGGCUCCAGCUUCCCGCACCCCGCCGACGACAAAGAACUGGAUUUUCCCAGCCAGGACGGCGCCCCCAAGAGGCCGAGGCAGACACUGCCGGGAAAGGACAUGUGCCGGUCGGCCGCCGACACCAGGACGGGCGUCAUAGCCGAGCUGGUGCUGGACAUGGUUUGCCACGAUCUUCAUCCCCUCUCUGUGGUGGAGGAUAAAGGCUUCGGCCUCCUCUUUGGGUACCUGGAGCCCAACUUCACCCUCCCGUCCCCGGCGCAGCUUUCUGGCCUCCUCUGGCACCGCUACGCUCUGGCCAAGCAGCGGCUCAAGCUGCGUCUGCAGGACGCCGGCGCCGUCGCCCUCUGCGUGGAGACCUGGACGGCCAACGCGAACCAGCCCUGCCAGGCCGUCACAGCCAACGUCCUCGACGGCGAGUGGAGGCUGGCGAAGUACCUGCUGGAGAACCAACGCCUUCACCCGAGGAACACGGCGGACGACCCGACGGACAGACUCUAUUCGCUGGCUGUGGAGUUCGGUCUGCCCGCGGAUGCCGUGUCCUGCGUGGUUCACGAGCGCCCGGCUUCCGUGAAGUCUUACGGUCCGGCCCUGAUGGAGAGCCGCGGCUGGGCCAGCGUCUGUUGCACGGCUCGCGCGUUGCACUUGUGUGUCCGGGAGGGCCUGGAGGUUCCGCCGGUGCGCGAGGCGUUGGUCGCGGCCAGAGGGUUCAUCGGCUUCUUCCAGCAGGACGCGAAAGCCGCCGGCUGCCUGAACGCCAAACUGGAGUCCAUGAGCAAGGCCCGGCCCGGCCUGGACGCCGAGUCCUGCUGGAUCAGCACGCUGGAGAUGUGUCAGAACCUGCUGGACAUUAAGUGGGCCGUGCUGGCCGUCGUGGAGGAGCUGGCCGUCGAGAACCUGGCCGACCAGCACUGGAAGCUGCUGCAGGACGUGGUGCCGGUGCUGAAAACCAUCUGGAUCGCCACGGUUUUCCUACAGGAAGAGGAGAACGUCUCGGUGUCGUCCGUCAUGCCCUGCGUCCACGGCAUACUGACCGCCUGCCAGCACUUCUCCGAGGUGUGCGGCAGCGCCGUGAAGCUGGCGGUUAAUCAGAUUCGGGCCGAGCUGUGCCGCCAGUGGGACGUGACGCGCGAGGAUCAGCUCCUGGCCGGUCCCUCGGUGAUGGCCUCGUUCCUGGACCCUCGCUAUAAAGAGUUGAGGUUCCUGAAGGUCGGGUCCAGGGAGGAUCUUCACAGCCGCGUGGUGACCCUCCUGGCGAGCGACGCUCAUCCCGAGCUCCCCCCCGAGCCGCUGGUAAGCUGCAGGAUUGAAGAGGAAGCUUGCCAGCUGUCUGCGCAGAGCGCCAUGUAUGACCUUCUGCUCGGCAGAGACCCCGCGGAGAACACGCCAGAGGCCCGCCGGCAGCUGGAGGACUACAUCGUAGAACCGGUCUGCAAGCGCAGCACCGACCCGCUGCUCUGGUGGAAGAACAACCAGCACCGCUUCCCCGCGCUGGCGAAGCUGGCCCGCCGGUACCUGGCCAUCCCGGCCACGGCCGCCGGACCCCAACGCGCUUUCAGUGCCAGACUGGGCCCGAUGGUCCAACGGAGAGCGGCGCUCGAUCCCAGGCACGUGGACGCCAUCUUGUUUUUACACCACAACGCGGACUUACUGGACCCGACGAAAAUCACGUGA